AUGAUUUACUGUACUAAUGGAUGGAAUUUUGUUGGGGGUAAUUCCAAGUCGAAGUCGAACCAGUACGCGAGCACGUCUCUGAUUCAGAUUGAGGGAGUGAACACUAAGAAAAAGGUGAACUGGUACCAGGGCAAGCACUUGGCGUAUGUCUACAAGGCUAAGGUCAAUACCAACCGGAGCCACUCUCGUUGCAUUUGGGGCAAAGUCUCUAGGCCUCACGGUAAAGUGGCAUUGUCCGAGCUAAGUUCAAGUCCAACCUGCCUCCCAAGUCCAUGGGCGAUAAGGUCAUUGUCUUCAUGUAUCCAAGUAACAUCUAAACUUUUCAAGGUUAACAAUAUUAUUAGAGCGUUAACCUUUUCGUUGAAUAGUUCGGCAGUUGUUUAGGAACUAUUUCUCUGUAAUGCAACCUUU